CUUCACCAUCACCACCACUAACACCAUCAAGAACGGGACGACGGCAAGGUGAUAGAUAGACAUUUAAGACGGCCGCAGUUCAACUCUACACCGACACACUUAAAGUUUGCAAAAGAAAGAAGGAAAAAGAAGAAGAAAAAAAUCAACCUCCCAUGUUCUAAACUAAACAAUCAACUGGAACCCGGAACUGCAUCGCCUAAAAUGUCCCACUGUCACGACGAGCAUAGACAUGGCCACGGUGACCACGGCCAUGACCACGACCACGACCACUCGGACGACAUCACGCCGGCACUGCAGAAGUCUCUGUACCAGCAAAUCAACUUUGACGAGAUCGUCACGCUUAACGAGGCCGUGUCGGACAGCGGGAAGGCCAUCGUGAAGAAAACGUGGAUGGAACGCAUGGAUGACUCUCCUGAGCUGGAGAGCGAUGCCGAUGAACAGCUUUUGAUGAAUGUCCCAUUCACGGCCCAAGUGAAACUCCACUCCAUCCUCCUCCGGACAUCCACGUCCCCCUCCGCCCCCAAGACCCUCAAACUCUUCCAGAACAGGGACGACAUCGACUUCUCCACCGCCGAGGACGCCGAGCCCGCCCAGGUCUUCGAGCUCUCCCAGACCUCCGACCUCCAGGAGAUCCCCGUCCGCCGCGCCCUCUUCGCCAAGGUGCGCCGCCUCGCCCUCUUCUUCCCGGACAACUUCGGCCACGGCGACGAGGAGGACGAGGACGUCACCCGCCUCGCCUACGUCGGCUUCAAGGGCGAGUGGACCGCCCUCGGCCGCGCCCCCGCCCAGAUCAUCUACGAGGCCGCCGCGCGGCCGUCCGAUCACAAUAUCAAGGGCGCCAAUGUCAAUCAGGUGGGCGGUGGUAUUGGAGGCCCGAGGGGAGGCGGGCAUGGCAUGUGAUUUCUUUCCUCGAAAUGGGGUGGAGGAGAAGAAGGAUAGCGGGAGGGGAGACGGCGUGGAGAGCUGGGUAACUUAAUGCGCAGCAGGUGGCAGAGGGACUUGCGGGUGUUGGUUGCCAAAUCGUCUGCCAUGGAUGAGCCUUUGUCCUGGGCCUUUGUCUUAUAGCUCUGCCAGUUCAUCGAGCCGGGUUUCGCUACGAAUUAGAGCCAGCUUAAGCAGCAUCGCGAAAAUAAAGCAAUGGUGGUCAGAAACCACAAUAAUGACCCGACC